GUGUGUAGUGGCCUUAUUUCGACCAAGAAGAUCGGGAAAACAGCUGGGAAGAAAAAGUAAACCACUAAGAACGUUUACAGGGAACUUUUUUCUGUUUCUCAGGAAACAAAAGUGACAAAUGUCCAAGUUCGACCGAGAAGCCCUUUUUACAAAAAAUGGCCUUGGAAGUAAGAGAAUACAUUUACUUUUGAGCGACAAUGCGGAAUCCGUCACGCAAGAAAGAAUAUCCACAAAUGGAAAGUAUUGUAGGUUUUGAGUUAUUGAGAUGUCUUCCGAACUGUCGACAUUUAGAAGUCCUCGAUUGUAAUUGGGAUGCUAUGUCAUUGAAAACGAAUGUUGGUGGCCAGUCAAAGAUAUAUAUCAGACCGAUACAAAAAAACAUAGCGACUGAUAAUGUCGACCGAAUUCCAAAAGAAGACACAUAUGAGGAGUGCACGAGAUGUUCAACCCUAUUAAAGAUUCGCGACCUGAGAAGCCAUCUGGAGAACUGUAAUGCAGGCAACAGAGAGGUCCACUAUCUAGUGAUGGAGAAUUUCGCCCCUCAACAGGACACAUUUUCCAGCGUUAUAUUGCCACAUGAGCAACAGCCAGACAUACCAACACCAUUAAGUUUGUCCGGUGCUUCAAAUGUAUUUGAGCCACAGGUCAUCAUGACACUACCCAACGAUGCUUCUUUAGACGAGUCUUUUACCGUUGAUAACUCAAGGGAUGUAAUGGAACCAUCAGACUUCUCCGACGUAUCGCGUGCGGUUAUAGAAUGCAAGACCUUCUGUGAGGCCAAUAACAUCAGUGAUCCGACAAACAUCCUCAAAAUCUUCAAAGGACUGAUGGUGACUGGAAGGCCUUUGGACCUCGACGAAACAUCGCUAACAACAGGGAUCUCUGGUGAAACCAAUUUUAUUAUGAUUGAUCGAAACGAUGUUAUUCGAACCUCCUUUGACGAAAUAAACGACAUCCCUGACCUAAGGAAAUGUUUAGAGGUUCAAUUUUAUGGUGAGACUGCUGUUGAUUAUGGUGGACCAAGAAAGGAAUUCUUUUGCCUUAUUCUUCAAACUCUACAGACUGAAUACUUUGAUCCUGUGAAAGAGUGGUGUAACAAUUAUGAAAUCAUUGGAAAGAUAAUGGCCCUGAGUACACUCCAAAACGGUAGGCUACCACGACUUUUAAAAGCAGAAAUGGUACAGGAAGUGUUUUUCAGCGAUUCGGAACGACCAUGCGUAUUUGAUCUAAGAAAGGGACUAGACAGUCUAGGACUUAUACAGCUAACCCGUGAAAUGCCAUCAUUAAUUCACUUAUUCACUCCAAAAGAGCCAACCCCUGUAACUGUAAAAAUGGUAACGCAACUAAUGGAAUCACAUUUCAGUGAAGAAGGAUACAACCGCAGAACAUUUGAAUCUGCAAUAUUCUCACGAUUCAUUAAUACAUACGGGAAGCAGCAAGUGGACGUAGGCAGCCAGUUACUCUUGGAAAGGUGCUGAAAUUUGUUACUGGAACAGAAGAAGAGCCUGUGUUGGGAUUUUCGUUGAAGCCAUCCAUCCACUUCUCAGAAAACUAAUCAUUUUUGCCAUCCGCCAAUACAUGUAUCAACCGCUUAAAUUUGACCAUUCCCUCCGAGAUUGCGGCUAUUCCAAAUGACACCGAGCUGUUCAACCUGUAUGAUUAUGCCUUCUCAAAUGACUAUUUUGGACUGCAAUAAAGUUGAUCAAAUGUGUGAGACAGGGGAUAAGAACUACUUGAGAUAAUACAGCCACGGUGUAAAUCCAGACAACCAUAGUGUAUUCAGUAUAAGUUUUCACAUUUAAUUAUUUUAUGCAUGAAUGACUAUGCACUUCAACAAAUUGGCAUUUUUACAUUCAUUUUGUAUUUGCAGUGUAAGAUACUCUUCAGAAGAAUAACGAGAUAUGGUUCUCUGUU